UCAAACCAAACCUCACCUUUAUAAAAGUGAAAAUACGUUUAAAAUGUUGAUUAAAAGUAUACUGUUGUUUUUAAUUUUAGCCCACAGUCUUGCUGAUGAACCAAUAUCAGGAAUCCCUAAUCUUGACCACAUAUUUGACACCCUGUCUAAGAAUGAGUGGGAUGCUGACGAGGAGGCCUGCCGUGACAAAAUAUUUAACAUUCUGGAAAACGUUAAGAACUCUACGUUAUGGGCCACAUGGGUAUGGAAUUCUAUCGAUCAGUCGCCAACCGGUAUCUUCUUCGGCGCCCGCUACCAGCUGGGCAACUACGACCAGUGCUUGCGUCCGCCCUGGAUCGCGACACACCCUGAGUUACGCACUCAAUACUGUUUAGCGGAAAUAGAAAUGAAUAAAGAUGGCGUCAAGAAAAUGGAUAAAGGACUCGAUCCUUAUGUUAGGGCUGAGGAUUACUAUGUCAAUACUAUAACACACUAUGGUCGCAGUUUUUCGUACAUAGCACACGGAGUCUGCCUACCCGCAGGGUGUCCAAGAAAGUCGGUCGAGAAAUUUGUGAAGGCGCUCUUGGGCACGGGCUACCUGCGCGCGGCCAGAGACGCAGUUGUCUCUGUCCAUCAUUGCGAGGAAGCAGCGGCCCCAUGGGAAUAUUCUACGGAAUACUACGCAUUUCUGUGCACUUUUGCAGUUCUGCUAUUUAUAGCUGUAAUUUCAACAUACUAUGUUAAGGAGUAUCCAGUCACUGCUAGUUCUAAUUCCUUUGUCAAUCAGGUUGCAAAAUCGUUCUGUCUUCGGCGCAAUUGGAAUACAGUGUUCAAAUCAGACGAGGAUGAAUUGCCAUGCUUGCACGGCAUCCGCUUCUUGACGGCGAUCAUUGUCGCCAGCGCUCACUGCUUGGCCAUUCGACAUGGGACUUCUGUUAGCAAUGGCUUAGACUUCGAGCGGAUGGGAGCGGAUAAACUAGCAUUGGCGCUACUAGCAUGUCAUUUUGAAGUCUUAGUGGACACAUUCUUCACAUUGUCUGCUCUUCUGGCGGGUAAAGGCCUUGCCACGUUGGAUUUAACGAAACCACACAGUUUAAUAAAGAAUAUUCUCAAGCGAUAUAUAAGACUCGUGGUGCUUAUGUCUGUGUCGGUGUUCUACUUGGGCUUCGUCUCAAAACAUACUGAUGCUGGUCCUGUCUAUCCCAAGGUAGCUAUUUACGAGCAACGGAUCUGCGAAAGGAACUGGUUGCCGGCAUUACUUAUGAUCGGAAAUUAUUACAACGCAUUAGAAAUGUGUCACCCAGCCACUUGGUAUAUCCCCUGCGACUUCCACAUGAACGUCAUGGCACUGGUUCUUCUGUACGUGUAUCGCAAAAACUCGAGUAUCGGAAAAGCAGUUGCCGCCGCACUAUUGGUGUUCAGUUUUAUAAUGCCCAUGAUCGUUAUAUACGUAUAUGAUUUACCAGCUGUCCUAUCAUACAAUCUUGGGUCGGAAAUUAAUAUACGUCCCAACUCUUUCUUUAGAAACUUCUACAUAAAAACACACUGCAGGAUGGGCCCGUACGCGAUUGGUCUGGCUGCCGGCUACCUGAUGUCGAUCUAUAAGCCCAAGGAUUAUAGGAAAGUCUGGUCUAAAACGGUGUCAUUCCUAGGUACUUUUGUAUCCUUGACAUUAAUCUUCAUCAUUCUGGCGUUGGGCUAUGUGUUAUUAGUGUACGGAGUCCACGGGUGGUUGGCCAUCAUCUUCGUGGCUUUCGAAAGGAAUUUCUUCGCCGUAGCCAUCUUGGGUAUCGUCGUCUUUUGCACUUAUGGCCAAGUUCCCCUCAUCAAUUCGUUCCUUAGCUGGUCAGUGUUCGCGCCGCUCAGUAGGCUCUCAUACGGCUUGUAUGUCAUACACAUCGUGCUUCUGUACCAAACCUCUUCGAUGAGGGAUAAUAUGAAACAUCACAUAUUUGAAACUCUGGUACAGGCCCUUGGAUUGGUGGUCGUGUCGCUAAUGCUGAGUCUGGUGGUUUGGCUGCUGGCUGAGGCACCUAUAGUUAAUAUCACUAGUCCAUACCUCAACACAAAGAUCAAGGAGAAAGUUGAGAGGAAUGGUGCUCUUGAAAAUGACACGAGUAAAGAAAAACUAAUGUGAUUGAUAUUGAUUCUUUGCUACUUUCUUUUGGGGCAGUUUACAAUACAACGGUGUUUUGGUACGUUACGUCUAUUAUAUACGUUUUUAUGUACCUAGUAGUAUUAUU